AUGAGGAUCAAAAGCUUUGGACUUCUUUAUAUGUUGAUUUUGGUCUCCCAAAUGAUACUGGCCAACUGUGACAGGCAGAAGGAAAGAAAAACGGGAAAGCAAGGCAUAGAAGACAGUAGAAAAAACCAAACUGAAUCUAACCAAGAAAAUGAAAAGGGGCGGAAGCCAAAAGGAGGAAAAUCAUCUCUUAAAGGCAAGUUUAAAACCAAAGAAGAUGCUGAGUGCACCUGGGCAGUGACUGACACGAACGCUGCUACUGUGCACAUAGAGUGCAAGCAUGGUGAUAGCGAGUUCUGGUGUGACUUCUCUGGAGACCCUUCCACCUGUGCACAGUAUGCAGCAAACCAGAGAUCCUACUGGAAACAAGUCUCCAGAUCUCUAAAGAAACAGAAGCAGAUCUGUCAAGACCCUAGAAGUGUCCUAAAAUCUAAAGUAUGUAGGAAAGGCCCACGAAGCGCUCAUCUCACAUUGACCCGCUCAAGCCUACUAACAUCAGUGGGUUCUGGAAAAAGGAACAGGAUUCAUCCUGCAAAGGAAGUUGCUCAGACUCCAGCAGCUGCCUCUGUGACUGAAAAAAAGCCAGAACACAGCCCUCAAGACUGUGUUGAAGACAUAGACUAUAUUGAUCAGAAAAAGGUGGCUGAGGAGUACUGUCCAGAAAGCUUGCUUUCUUUCUGCAACUUUUUCAUCACAAUGGUCCAAGACAAAAAAUGCUGA